AUAUUCCCCCGUUGCCUCCAGCUAUUACUGAGUACUAGGAACGACUCGCACCCCCUGUUUACACUGCUUGCAACGCUGUUUUCGGCGUCCCGCAUUCAUGGCACGGGGCGUGAAACUGCCAGAGCAAGCCAAGUUACCCAAAGUCUCCUUCGAAAUCGUCCAGAAUGACGACUCCACACAACCGGCCGGAGUCCAUGAUCUGCAAGCGAGGUCAUAUGGCUACAACGACUUCUCGGAGUUUCAGAAACCAGAUCAUUACAUUCGCUAUAUAGAGCCCUUGGAGAGAGACUUGGCCACCCAGGUGGAAUAUGAUAUGGACGAACAAGACCAGGAGUGGCUUGACGCAGUCAACGUCGAACGCAAGAAGGACCAACUGAACUUGGUCACAUACGAGACUUUUGAGAUCAUCAUGGAUCGUCUAGAGAAGGAAUACUUUGAUUUGACCAAGAAUAUCCCAAAACCAGACUACGCUAUGCCCUCCGAGGACUCAACCUGCGCUGUCUGUGACGAUCCGGAAGGAGAGAAUAGCAAUGCAAUUGUUUUCUGUGAUGGUUGUAACUUGGCUGUACACCAAGAUUGUUAUGGUGUUCCAUACAUUCCGGAGGGUCAGUGGCUCUGCCGCAAAUGUACGGUGUCGCCCGAAAAUCCUGUCUCCUGUAUAUUCUGUCCAAACGAGGGAGGCGCAUUCAAGCAAACGGUUCUUGGGGACUGGGCUCAUCUUCUCUGUGCCAUUUGGAUUCCAGAGACUCGUGUUGCCAACGAAGUCUUCAUGGAACCGAUAUCCGGUUCCGAAAGGAUUCCCAAACAGAGAUGGAAGUUAAAAUGUUCAAUAUGUGGCAUUCGCGAGGGAGCGUGCAUUCAGUGUACAAAAUCGUCAUGCUUUCUCGCAUUUCAUGCUACCUGUGCGAGAAAAGAAAAAUUACUCAUGCCAAUGAAAAGCAUGCAAGGUUCUGAACCUGUCACGCUGACAUGUUACUGCGAGAAACACCUCUCUAAAGAGCAGGUAGAGGCUAGACUGAAAGCUUUGGCCGCGGAUGGCGUCAUGUCAAGUCCAAACUCCAAGCUCUCAAAGUCUGCGAGAGCGUACGCAAAGACGUACAAGACCGGACCACCUUUGGUCCCACAAAUCAUCGUUGAUCGCAUUCUAAACUACAUUACCAAAAUCAUUAUCCGAAAGAAGUCUGAGUUCGUAUGCAUGGUAUGUAAGUACUGGAGCUUGAAACGAGAGGCAAGGCGGGGAGCCCCACUUCUAAAGCGGCUCCAUCUCGAGCCUUGGACUGCUUCCAAUGUUGGGAAAGUGCAGACAGAAGAGGAAAAGGCUUUGAAACUCGAGCACUUGAGACGAGUCCGAAAGGACCUUGAAACGCUUCGCGAGCUUACUCUGCUGAGUCGCAAGCGGGAGAGUCGUAAGCUUGCGCAAUUAGAAUCGAUCCACAGGGUACUGGAGGUCAUUCUGUUCCCGCACGAGGCGCCGAUGCGCCUAGCGUUUGAGAAAAUCCUUGCGCUCGAUCGCAAUGGUCUGUUUAAGCACCCCGUGUCAAAGAUAGAGGUCCCUGAUUAUUAUGACGUCGUAAAGAAUCCUAUGAGUUGGGAUAUCAUUGACGCGAAAUUAGAUCACCACGAGUACUGGGAUUUGGGUGCAUUUAAGAACGAUGUCGAGUUAGUCUUGUCAAAUGCUACCUUGUAUAACAAGCCUGGUACACCCUUCUACAAGACCGCUCAGCGCAUGCAAACUGGUAUUCAGCCCAUCUUAGCUGAUCUUUCUUCAACCCUUCAUCGGGACUCCGUGGUUGACACCACUGUUCCUGAUCCUCAGACGCUCGAUGUGCCCAUGGGUGAUCUUGAGUCCCCAUUGGAACUGCUUGAACUCCUAGGGUCUUCGGAAGCAAUUCAGAACGACUAUCGAUUCAUCCUAAAAACUGAUCCCCUCUCUUCCCUGUUCAACUUUGAGCUCGGCCAGCUCAAACCGCCCCCGCCGCCACCACCACCAAAGCCGAAGGCACCAAAGAAAGCGGCGGCCAGAGUACCCAAAGUCAGAGAACCAAAUGCUUUGGACAUAUCACCUGGUUUCCGCGCGCCGCGCACCCGCCGCGCCCAUGCUGUGCUAGCAGCUUUUGAGGCAGAGGCGGCGGGCAGUGUUGUUGACGCAGAAACCCAUGAUGCAACGGUACAGAAACCCGUGAAAGGGCGGCGUGUACCUACCGCUGCACAGAUCCCGUUAGUCGUUCCACAAGUAGUCGAAGAUGUGGAUAAUCAGGGUUCCUUCAAGAUGUUUGACGCUGGGUGGAUUCUCCCGAGUGGCCAGAAGCGAGGUGGGCGGCAAAUGCUGGACAGGUCUUCGCAACCACCACCGAAAAAGCGUGCGCGGAUAGAUCGCGGAACAUCGCACGUUUCAACGCUCAGCUGGACUACGUCAGAGCAUCAUGUCGUCCAGGACAUCGCACCCUCCGAACCAAUCGCUGGUCCUUCGGCAUUAUCUACCGAACAAAUGACUGAGACGGGACCUUCAGUCAUAGAAGCGACAGUCCAGGAAGCAGAAAUGACCCAAGAAGAACUAGAAGCUCGCAUUGCAUCGAUACGAGUUGAACCGCAUACGAAGGUUAUCACUGAACGCGGGAGGAUUGUUAUCGAGGAAUUGGAUACUCCGGCGACUCGCAGAGAAAAGGCACAGCGGAGGAAAGCGGAAAAGGCCGCGGCUAUUCUUGCGGCACAGCAAGCGCUCAACGCUUCAGAGCCCAGCCAUGAAGACUCGGAUCUAUCGUCUCUAAGUGAACUGGAAAGUGAGGAUGGAGGUGACGGUGACACAAAAAGCGCUGAGCAGCAAUCGGGUCCCACACAGUUGCCUCAGCCUGUACAGGCUGUAAUUCCACCCACGGUACCCACCCGCCGUGAACCGGGCACCAUCAUUCUUGAGGAUGGUAAGAUGCUGGAGGGUGGAACUCUUGUUUGGGCGAAAGCUAGCACUUAUCCAUGGUGGCCGGCAGUAGUGUACGAGCCUGAUGACGAACGAAUACCCAAAGUCGUGAAGAAGCAGCGAGAUACAAUGCGCCGAACUGAGAGCGGUCCACUGCACCUCGUUCAAUUCUUUGACAAAUCAUCUCAAUGGCAAUGGGCUGAACUCAGCAAAUUGUUACUCUUGGGCGAAAACCAAGAACUGGACUCAGAACUGUUGGCGCCACAGUCACGUCGUCAACGUUGGAAGACAAGUAGCAUCAGGAAGGACUGUCGGGACGCAUACCAACGAGCAAUAGCGGAAAUGGAGACAGAAACAGACAUGGGUGCAGAAGCGGAAGGUGGAGAAACGGAACCAAUAGCGACGGACAAUCCCGUCCCUGGGCCUGCUGUCCCAGAGGAUAGUGGAGAACCCAUUAUUCAAUCACCUCAACCUGAACCCAUGAAUGUCGAGGGAACCUUGUAAUAUUUAUGUAUGAUAUAUUGUAUUUCAUCUAUCUACUCUUUUGUGCCAGAACUGAGGAAGUGAUUCGUUG